CUUUUCUAUUUGACACUACACCACAACUAAAAAGCCCUAACUUUUUACUCUCUAAUAUUUUCUUCUCAUUAUUUACAGCCUUUUCCUUUUUUUAUUUGACACAACACCACCCUAAAAGCGCUGUUCUUUUCUCUCUGAUUAUAUUUUUCCCAAUUUGGUGUUAAUCAAAAAAAGUUGUGUUAAUAGAAGAAGGUCGGCACCAAAAUUUUAUCUGCUCGCAAUCGUCCUCAGUUCUAAGUGACCAUGUGCCAAAUUGCGUUAAAUCAUCCAUAGUUUUGUCUACUAGCAAUCGGUCCUUCAACAUCUUCUACUACUUCACCUGAACCAAUAAUCUUAAAUUUGCUUCAAAGUUUAUCAUUUGUUCUGAAUAAGGAAAAUGGCACCUAAUAAACAAUGGAUUAAUCUUUCUAAAAUUGAUAGAUUAGAUAAAGAAUACGGAGAUGGGAUUGAACCGUUCAUAAGUUAUGCUUUUAGGAAUAAAACUGAUGAGCAUAAAGUACGAUGCCCAUAUGUUAGGUGUAAUAAUACAUUUUCUGCAAAUCGUAAAAUGAUUCGAUCUCAUUUAAUAGUUUAUGGAAUAAUGGAGAGUUAUACUUUUUGGUAUCAUCAUGGUGAAAGAGUUGGUGAAUCUAAGAUCGAUAAAGAAGAAUCAGAAGACUUUGAAAAUGCCGAGGAAAUUGAAGAAAUCAUAAGAGAUCUAUAUCCUAAUAUGAAUGAAAGUGAAUUUGGCAAUCACUCCUCAAAUUGUGAAGUGAAUGAAGAGAAUCCCAAUUCUGAAGCAUUGAAAUUUUAUAGGCUCUUGAAAGAUUUAGAUGAAGAAGUUUAUCCUGGUUGCAAGACCUCAAAAUUAGCAGCAAUGAUCAAACUGUUACACAUUAAAAGUCUCGGUCACUGGACUAAUAGAUCAUUUGAUAUGUUUGUAAAAUGGGUAGUUGAAAUACUCCCAACUGGUUCCACGUUGCCAAAAUCUUUUUAUGAAGCGAAACAGAUUGUAAAGUAUUUAGGUCUCUCCUACAAAAAAAUAGAUUCAUGUAUCAAUAACUGCAUGCUCUAUUGGAAAGAAAAAGAAAAUUCCAACUUGUGCAAACUAUGUGGCAGUUCUAGGUGGAAGGAAAAUAGUUACGCCUUCAACAUCUCACGAUGAGGUUAGUUCUGCUUAUGUUUUUACUUUACCUUAUGUUUUAUUUUACCUCUUGAAUUUACAACAUUCUCAUGUUUGCUGUAGAAAUUGCACCCCUGUUUUGUAUAGAUCAUUUUUCUUAUAGCAUGAAAUUAUACUGCCUCUCCUUUCCA